GCCACAGAGGAUGAACGGGAAAGUGAACGGCCGAGUGUUUGUGGGGAACUCGCCGACGCCCGAGGAGCUCAACAACAACGACUUGCACUCGUACGUGGUGGCCAACGACGGACGCGCCUACGUGGCCAUCAGCAACAUCCCGAGCAGCGUGGGGCCGUCCCUGCAGCCGCUGUCCUCGCUGGGCGGGAUCAUCGGCUGGGCCUUCGCCCUGGAGCAGCCCGGAUACCAGAACGGCUUCAGCCUCGUCGGCGGCGUCUUCUCCCGGCAGGCCGAGGUGAUCUUCCAGCCCGGUAACGAGCGUCUGAGCAUCAAGCAGCAAUUCAAAGGAAUCGACGAACACGACCACCUGGUGGUGAGCACCGAGCUGGAGGGACGACUUCCCGCCAUCCCGCCGGGAUCCACCGUCCAGAUCAGCCCGUACAAAGAGAUCUACCAGUACGACAGAAACUGUAAGGACAAGAGACACCUGAGACACCUGAGACACAUGAGACACCUGAGACACAUGAAGCUGAUAAAGUCUGAAGCAGCAGAUGGUUGUGAUCCCUACAACACCCAAAGACAUAAUAAACCACCAACGUAAUAAACCACCAACGUAAUAAACCACCAACGUAAUAAACCACCAACGUAAUA